CAUAUGCAGUUGCUAAUUAACUGAGUCGAAGAGACCAUGCCGUUUCACAAAACGUAUCAGAUUAAUAAUCAGGAGCAGGGCAAUGCUGCUCAACGAGAUCAGUCGUAUAAAAGCUGCCUUAUCGCUCUGCUCAUCUUCUUCUUCAUGUGCCUUAUCCUUAUCAUCGCCUGCUUACCCUGGAAAAAGCAGAAUCAGAGCAACUAUAAAGAUCAAUAUAUUGAUUCACAGGAUCGUUACCAUAAACCAAUAAAAGAACCAACCAUCAUAACAGUUCUAUCAACAACUCAAAGAACUUCAGCAGAAAGGACAGUUCUAUCAAGCGUUUGGACAACUCCGAAAAUAGUAACUACAUCUACUACAAUCACAGAAGGUAAAUCAACUGAAGAUACUAAUGACAUCAUUACUGAAGACUAUUUGAAGAAGAAUGUUAAAGGAUUUCGUCAUUUCGAACGUUAUUUCAAAAAUAAGACAAGCGUGGCUGAAAUAACACUGCCUACCUCUAUAUCUCAAGAAGAUAUUGAAGACUAUACCAUGAAGGAAGUUCUAGAAACUAUGAAAGAAAACAUUGGCCUAGCUACAUUGUCACAUGAUAUUGUCCCUGAGGUGACUGAUAUCGUUAAUGAUGCAACUCCUACGUCACUGAAUGAACCAAUCAUCAGCAGCACUACUCCGAAAUACGCUACAAUUGUUGACAUUAUAAAGGAUGUUAUGACUUCAAAAUCCGUUAAGGAAUCUACAAGUGAUUCUACCGAAGAAUAUUACAGCUCGGAUAAAUUGGAAGUUGAUGACAUUGUGACUAAUAAUGUUAUAGUAUUGUCAAACGAUCUCGAAGAAAACGAGAUCGAUUCUGAGAAUUCUACUAAAAAAUUUGAGAGAUUCAGAGUUAUGAAUGAUGAUGAUGAUAAUAUCACAAUUUCAACAACGUCAAAUCUAACUGAUCUUGAAGAAAACACAAACACUAAAUAUUCUUCUGAAAAGAUUAAUCAGUCUGAGAGUUUGCAAUCCGAGGUAACAACGAAUGAUACUAUUGUUUCCACUCAAUCAAGUCUUGAAGAAGAUGUAGGUGCUGAAAAUUCUACAAUAAAACACUUAAAUUAUGAGGACUCUACAGUCACAGAGUACAAUGCGAUAUUAACUAAUGAGACUGUAAUGGAAAAGAGAUCUCCUGUGAUGAUAAAUUAUACUCCAUUUAUAGACGACAAAUUUUCAACUACAAAAGUUACAAAUGAAACUGAAGACAUAAUGAAUACAACGGCAAUGAGCGCAAACAAUUAUAUUAUCGAAGAAUAUAACGUGACUUCAAGUAAAAUGGAAAAGUACAGCACAUCUUCUACAUCCAAUUAUAGGAACGCAACUGCUUUUGUUUUUUACAACCACACAACCAGCACAGUCAUCCCUGUAAAUUACAAUGAGACGAAUCUUACCACAACAAGGACCACUGUUCUUGACGAGGACACGAGCAUUUGCAAAACAGGAUACUGCAAGCAAAUUGCCAGUAGGAUGAUGUCUUACAUGAAUCACUCGGCCGAUCCUUGCGAGGACUUUUACGAGUACGCUUGCGGUGGUUUUGAAGUCAAUCCACAACUGAUAGACGGCGAUCUAGUUCGGAAAUCUAGGAAUUACCAACGAAUCGCCAGUCAAAUGUUAAAAGAAAGACGAGAGAACGUGUCUUCGAACUUUAUGACGUACUACGACAGUUGCGUACAAUACGAAAAAAAUAUGAACUUCAGUGAAAGAAUAAAAAUGGCAAAUGACGCGUUAAAAAAAAUAGGAGAGUUCUAUAUACCCACUACGUGGCCCAAUAAUAUCAAAGGCUUUUUCUUCACUAAUUUACUCGCCCGAUUAAUAUUACAUCACAGCGCUAUCUUAUUUGACGUCGUGCCAGAAUUGGACGAAUAUCGUCCAAACAGUUUCACGUUGAAGAUAAGUCCUACGACGUACGAGAGUCCUUUUAAAACGGAGGAUACGGAGGAUCCGUGCUCCGAGGACGAGUUGGACACGAAAGGACAGUACGUGGAUCUCGAAAUUAUGUAUAAUAAUUAUAAAAGAUGCAAGAAUGAUACGAGUGAAUUUAUGAGAUCCAUUCGGAAAGCGCUGACAGAGCUCAAUGUUUUCAAGAGCUUGAAUGAUAGCUUAGAAUGGAAUGUACAAUCCGAGCACAUAGAUAAAAUCAUUGAUGUGAUCGAUUCUAUUAUAAUGCAAGAGUACUUUUCGAACUUUCCGUCUAAGAGUGAAAUGCAAGAAGCGUAUUUGAUGAAUAAUUACAGCAAAGUCAGUUUAGAGGAGCUGCAGAACAGCAGUGCUCUCGUAAAUUGGGCGGAAUUAAUUCGCUUGUUGACAGGAAUGAACAUGAUGAUUAACGAGAGUAUUCAAGUUUAUUUCCAUGCCGCCUUGACUAAAGGUUUACACAGAUUAGAGGAAUAUGCCAAAAAAAAUCCUAUGGAUUUCAACAACGCGAUAAUGGGAUUGUACGCACACAAACUUUAUCACGAGCUGGUUUUGCCGAAGCGCGAUAAUAUAAAGGAUCAUUGUCUGCAUGUGGCUGUCUACCUUCUACAGCUGGAAGCAUCUCAUUUAUACACAUCGUCCUUUACUGAUCACGAAAUAAAACAAAUGAAUCAAAUGAUAGAAAAGACAUUCAACAAUUUGAAACAAACAUUAUCGAUAAAAAUGCAAGAAGCACAAUGGGCGAAAGAUGAAGGACGAAAAGAAUUAUUAAUAAAGAUCAACGGUCUGAAACUCGCAUUUCCCGUUGUUCCCUGUUUCAAGAACAAAGACUUGCUUUAUAGCGAAUAUAAUGUGACAGAGAUAAUUUUGAAUGACAAUUAUUUCAACAAUUCGAUGAUUCUACUGAAAAGAUACAGAACUCUGAUGUACACUGAACUAAGAAGACAAGUUGGCGAGCCAAAGCAAAUUUGGACGUAUUAUGCUACGCCGUUCCAAUCGAAGGCCCGAGUGAUCUACGCUCUAAAUCUUAUUGUGAUUCCUUAUGGUGCCAUUGAUUCAGCCUUAAUAAACAAUGAAUUGUCUUUCGACUAUUUUCUGCUAGCAACGCUUGGGAAUUUAAUAGCUCAUCAAAUCGCUCACCACUUCGACACAAAUGGUAUACACUAUUGGGAUCAAAUCAGGAAUACUCAGGAUUCUCUAAUGUUCGGAAACGAAUUUACAAACACUCAUUUUGACGAUUACGUUGACUGUCAAAAGGAAAAUAUGUACCAAAAUCCUAUGAAUAUGACGAUACCUUUUACUGAUCAAGUAGUGUCCUUUACGAUACCGCGAUUGACCUUGAACGAGCGGUUGUCUGAAAUUAUGGGACUCAGACUAGCCUACGAUACUUUGGCUCUUAUGAGGUCGGAUGCGAAGAGACUACCGUGGAUACAACUCCGCAUCGACCAAUUAUUCUACCUCGCCUACGCUCAGUCGUAUUGCACGAAGAUACCGCUCACGUCAUCGUACGUCUCCCUAUACGAGAGCGAGGACUUGCCGAGCCGGAUCCGCGUGUUCGUCUCCGCGUCGAACAACAAGCUCCUUGGCGAGGCAUGGAAGUGUGCGCUUGGCUCGCAGGUUGCGCCCAACGACGUUUGCAGCGUGUUCCCGUAUAUAGAGACCAAGGAAACCGCAAUGUUCCCAGAGUGAGGAUCGUUCACAGAAAAUACGAAUGAACUGGCACCCGCAGACUUUGCGAUCUAGCAAAUGAGCCAGUUGGUCGUUCGCGAAGCGAUGCGGUGGACACAGAAACAAAAUUCAGAUAAGUCCAUACCCUGAUUCGCGCAUAAACAUCUUUAACGUGCACUUUAAAAAUUUAAUUAAAAAUAUUGAGCGUUAGUUUCACCACAUCCGCGAUUGAUGCAUAAAACUGUCUCUAGAGUUCUAAAUCUAAAAAAAAGAAAUUGAAAAAUAUGCGUUUUGCUUCUGUACCCCUACAGAGAUUCUCGUUCACAUACAAUAACGUGUAUCUUAAGUUUAAAAGCAAUGGCUUCGAUGAACACGUUGUCGCAAACGCAUUGUUUACGAGGUAAACAUUGUAACUAACGUUACAA